AUGGACGCGCUGGAGGCCAAGAAGAGCGAGGGCAAUGCGCUGUUCCAGCAGCAACGCUUUGCCGAAGCGGUUCAAGUCUACACCUCGGUGCUUGAUGGCUUGGCAAGCUUAGGGGCUGCCGAGGAGGCAGCUGUGCGACUCAACACGGCGGUGAGACUCAACCGCGCAUGGGCGUGGAUCCAGAUGCCCGAAGGCGACGGCAGCGCCUUCACGCUAGCGGCAGCUGAGCAGGACUGCAGCGCUGUGAUCGGUAGGGAUCCAUGCUGUGUGAAGGCGUUUUAUCGCCGAGCGCUGGUGCGAGAGCGCAUGAGCCACUGGAAGGUAAGAUAA